CAACAAAACAUGUGCUAAAUGUUUGAUUACUAAAGCAGAAAAGAGAGCCAAAAAGAGAGCCGAAAAUGCUAAUGUUGAAGAUAUUCCUAUGGAAAAAAUUUCUUUUAAAGAAAUUAGUGAUUAUAUAACUAAUAGCAUAGAGCAAAAUGAAAACCCUAUUAAUUUUCGCAUUAUACUUGAUGAAAAUAUACUUAGUAUUGCUGAUAUAAACAUUAAGCUAAUGGCCAAAUUGAUUGGCGUUGGCAAUGCUUACUUCGUAUGUUCACAAAGUAAUGAGAUUAAACGUGAAUAUGUGGAUUCAAAUCGUAAAAGAAUUGAUUGGUUUGAUUGCAAAGGAAAGUUAACUAUAAAAAUAGACUUAUUAGCAGCAGAAGCAAAAGUAAGAUUACAACACAAUCUUACGCAUAAUAAACCUAUUGACAUUGCGGUGCCAUCAGAGGUUAAGCAAGAAAUAAAAGAAAAUUUGGAGAUGACUCCAACAUAUUUACGAUCAUAUCUUCGCAAAAAAUUUGAUCUAUCAUACAUUACCUCAAAACAAAUAUAUUACUGGUGGUUACAUUACACUCAGCAAUUCUAUAAAUAUGAUGAGAACUAUGUUGUUUCCGCACGUGCAUUUUUUGAACGGCAACAGAAAAGUGG